AUAACGCCUAAAAAUCUCUAAUUGGAUUUGGGGGGGUCUCGAAUAUAAUUUCAUCGUCGUCAUCCACCACUACGCUGUAUCCGCUCGCUGCAAAAAGUGCUCGCCAUCUCCACCUUUCUCCAGUACGCCAGGACCCAUUUACUUAUUGUUCCUCUCAUUUCAUCUUUCAAAAUCUAUUCUUUUUUCUGUUUCCAUUUUUCAUUUAUUGACAUUUUCAAGCUCAGUCAAUCAGCCUUAAAGAUCCACCAUUUUCUCACUUUAUUCAAAGGGUACGCUUUUUCCUGACCCAUAAGAAUUCUGUUGACUUCAUUUCACCAUCUCUGCUGCCAGAUCCUCAUUCAUUUGUUCUUGCAUUCUUGUGUGGGGUGUGUUUAAGAUAGAAGGUUGAGAGGAAGGCCAAAAUCUGCGUCGAAGCCUGUGGUGAUAUUGGAUAAUAGAGAAGAAUCAGAUCUAAAAGCAUUAAGAAGCAUGUCUUUCAUUGGCACCCAGCAAAAAUGCAAGGCUUGUGAAAAGACAGUUUACCCAGUAGAGGAACUCUCUGCGGAUGGUGUGUCCUACCACAAGGCUUGCUUCAAAUGCACCCACUGCAAAGGGACUUUGAAGCUGAGCAAUUAUUCCUCAAUGGAAGGUGUUCUGUACUGUAAGCCCCACUUCGAACAACUCUUCAAGGAGACUGGCAAUUUCAACAAGAACUUUCAGUCACCUGCAAAGUCAGCUGAGAAGUUAACUCCAGAGCUGACUAGAUCACCUAGCAAAGCUGCUAGCAUGUUUUCUGGAACACAAGAAAAAUGCGCUACUUGUGGUAAAACCGCUUAUCCACUGGAGAAGGUGACAGUGGAGAGCCAGGCCUAUCACAAGUCGUGUUUCAAGUGUUCUCAUGGCGGCUGUCCUAUUACUCCAUCAAAUUAUGCUGCCCUGGAAGGCAUUUUAUACUGCAAGCACCAUUUCUCCCAGCUUUUCAAGGAGAAGGGGAGCUACAACCAUCUUAUUAAGUCUGCAUCGAUUAAGCGCGCAGCAGCAGCAGCAGCAUCCAUUCCAGAAGCAUAAAUGCCAUACUUUAUGGUUUGAUUACAUGGCUUUCUUUUGUUUAAGAGUGUUAUAUCCCCCUCAACCUAUGCUUUCCAUGGUGGAGUGAGAAACUUGAUUCUUAUCUGUUGUCUCUUUGGCUCAUCAAUCUUGGGCACAUUGUUGUGUUUUGCUUGAUGAAUGUGGUGCGAUUCCGAUAGUUGUAAAAUGAAUUUCUUCAGGACUUUAUUUGCAGUAAGUUUAUGUUGUCACCAUUUUGUUCGACUUUUUACGAAGAUAUGAGGAGUCUAUAUUUUCGUUUCAU